AUGGAACAGAUUCCGGAACAGAUGGCAGAGAUGAGAGCUCAAUUGACGGAGCAGAUGAAUGCGCAGAUGGCACAGUUCAUGGAGGCAUUGACUAAUGUGACCAAGGGGCAGGACGACUUGCGAGUUCUCAUCGAGAACUCCAGAAGGAAUGAGAAUGGAGGACAUCGAGGGCUGUUUGACGAUGUGUCUGGCAGGAUUGACGAUCAUCGUGAUCCGAAUGAGUUUGAUCAUGUGGGAGGACACUAUAAUCCUUUCAAUCAGCAUCACGGGUUUCCACCUCCACCUCUGUCUAGUCUGUUGGGAAGGAGAGACAAUCAGAAGCGUGGUAAUUUGGAUUUCAAUGUUGAGAACUUUGAUCAGGUAUCAAGGCAUAGCGUUGAGGGUGCGCAUGAUGAAGUUGAAAGGUAUCGUCUGAUUGAGGAACGUCUCAGGGCUGUUGAAGGCAAAGGGGUGUUAGGCAUGGAUAUCAAUGACUUGGGGUUGGUUCCUGGUGUGAGGAUCCCACCGAAAUUUAAAGUUCCAUCUUUUGACAAAUACAAUGGGGGGACUUGUCCCAUGACUCAUGUUAAAGCAUUUUAUCGGAAGAUGUCUGUAUAUUCCGAGGAUGAGGGUUUUCUAAUGCAUUUCUUCCAGGAUAGUCUUGCUGGGGCUUCCUUGGAGUGGUACAUUCCACUUGAGCGCACUCAUAUCCAUUCUUGGAGAUAUCUUGUGGAGGCUUUUAUUAAGCACUAUCAGUACAAUGUUGACAUGGCACCCAAUAGGACUCAGUUGCAGAGUUUGGUUCAGGGGUCUAAAGAAUCUUUCAAGGAGUACGCUCAGAAAUGGCGCGAGUUAGCUGCGAGGGUUCAGCUACCGAUGACUGAGCGUGAGAUGAUUGACAUGUUCACCAGUACUUUGUCUGGACACUAUUAUUUGGCUUGCAGUGCUUCAACCAACUUUUCUGAAAUGGUGAGAUAUGGCCAACAUGUCGAGAUGGGUCUAAAGAUGGGGAAAAUUCAGUUGGGAGCUUCUUCUAAUUCUGCUGGCAGUAAGAAACAAGUUGAGGGUUACGCCAGAAGGAAGGAAGGAAAUGCGGAUGCCAUAUAUGGAAGAAUGGGUUCAAGAAGAAACAAUUCACAGGUUAAUGCUGUCAUGAUUCCAGUGCCGCAACAACAACAGCAUCAUCAGGGACAACGUUCUGACAAUGAUCGCUACCCUCCCAGGAAUAGGCCUCACAGAAAGAUUGAUCUGAUUCCUAUGACCUAUGCUCAGAACAAAGUCCAAGACUUGUUGGAUCAAAAAAUAAUCCAGUUCACUCCUACACCCAAUAUUGUCAAUAAUCUGAUGCCUACUCACAGAGGUUCAGGUGUGAAUGCCAUUGAGAGUGAAGAGAUAAGUGUUGUAUCUGAUGUGAGCUGUUUGACUUUUCCUCUUGUGUCUGUGAAGCAACAUCUGGUUAAUAGCGGUAUCUUCCCGGGCUGUGGUGCGAAUUGUGAGAAUUGCAAGAGUCAACCCGAGGGUUGUGCUGAUUUGAAAGGUAUGGUGCAAAAACUGAUGGAUGAGGGUCCUCUUCAAUUUUACCGAAGGUUGAGAGGCGCGAAGAAUGAGGAUGGUGAAGUGUCUGUGAUCUCAAUUCCUUAUGAGCCAGAUGCUCCAAUAAGUAUCCAAGUGCCAAUUCAGAUACCUGUCAGUAUUCCGUAUGAAGAACAACCUGCGGCGUUGAUGAUUACUGUGCCAGGGCCAAUUCCAUAUGAGAGUGAGAAGGCCAUCCCUUGGCAUUAUGUUUCAGAUGUAUAUUACUAUGGCACGAAGGAGGAGGGCGAGCCAUCUAAAGAGAAUUUUGUGGAAGCCGCAGUUGCAAACACUGAUAAUUUUGCCGGUACUGGUAGAAUCACUCGCAGUGGUAGGGUGUUCCCCCCUCAGCUUGUUCAAAGCAAUGCAGAUGCUUUGGCUAAGGCCAAAGGCAAACAAGUGGUGACUGAUGUCCAGAAUUCUCCGAUUCAUAAUGGGCCACCUGAUAGUGUUGUGCCUUCCAAGGAUGUGAAAGAGUUGUUAAGAAUCAUCAAGAAGUCUGAUUACAAAGUUGUUGAGCAGUUGGGUCACACCUAG